AAUCAAGGAAAGAACGCACCUCAACCGAUUCAGUUAAUUAGGCAAAAUCCUUCUCUCUUUUAACCAAAAAUAAUGGCCCCAAGCAUGGCGGAUCCGUCGGUGAAAGACCACCGACCGACGAAAAUGGCGGCCCAGGAGGAGUUGUUGAGGAGGAGGAACGAGGAAUUGGAGAGAGAGUUGAAGAGGAGUCUGGAAAGAGAGGAGAAGAUGAAAAUGGAGUUGCAGAAGACGUGGGAGAGGCUGCGCGUGGCGGAGGAAGCCGAGGAACAUCUUUGUUCGCAGCUAGGGGAGCUUGAAGCCGAGGCCAUGGAUCAAGCUUGUGCGUACAGAGAACGCCUGAUGACGUUAAUGGAACAGCUUUCGGCUGCUCAGAAGCUCAUCCAAUCGGCUUCCGUUCAGAUACCAUCAAUGGAUUUGUAAAACAGAAAGGAGGUGAAUGUUUUUGACUGGUGAUUUUGUAAGAAUAUAGAGAAUGUUACAUGUAUUCGCUAUGUAUGUAAAUUAAUCUUUAAAGGUUGUUAAACAACAAAUAUUGCAUCUGUUUUGAUUGUGCAAAUUAAUGUUUUUGAUUAGAUUGAUUGUGAAGAACAAGAACUUCCGUUUUUUCCUUCA